GGCCGCGCCAGCGGACAGCCCGCGGAGCGGAGCGGGGCGGCCGCCGAGCCCGCCGCGCCGGGUUCAGCACAAUGAGUUGGCACUCUGGGCAUUAGCAGCGUGAGGAGAAUAGGACGGGUGCUGCCCUGCCUGCCCCUCAGCCCUCGCUCAUUCCCCUUGGGGACACGGGUGCCCUGCCCUUCCAGCCCUUGCUCCCCACUUGCCAUAGAGGGGACUGGCCCGUUAUGGCUGGGGACAGGCUCCCACGCAAGGUGAUGGACCCCAAGAAGCUGGCCAGCCUCCUGAGGAACGGAGCCGAGGGCACCCUGGUCAUCGACAGCCGCUCCUUCGUGGAGUACAACUCCUGGCACGUCCUCAGCUCCGUCAACAUCUGCUGCUCCAAGCUUGUCAAGAGAAGGCUGCAGCAGGACAAGGUCUCCAUCACGGAGCUCAUCCAGCCUGCCUCCAAGAUGAAGGUGGAGGCGGAGGACCACCAGGACGUGGUGGUCUACGACCAGAGCACGCGGGACGUCACUGGCUUGGCUGCUGACAGCUUCCUCUCCAUCCUCCUGGGCAAGCUGGACAGCUGCUUCCACAGCGUCUCCAUCCUCACAGGAGGCUUUGCCACCUUCUCCUCCUGCUUCCCAGGGCUCUGUGAGGGGAAGCCAGCUGCCAUUCUGCCGAUGAGCAUCUCCCAGCCGUGCUUGCCUGUGGCCAACGUUGGCCCCACGCGCAUCCUGCCACAUCUCUACCUGGGCUCCCAGAAGGAUGUCCUGAACAAGGACCUGAUGACACAGAAUGGGAUAAGCUAUGUCCUAAAUGCCAGCAACUCCUGUCCCAAGCCAGACUUCAUCUGUGAUAGUCACUUCAUGCGCAUUCCUGUCAAUGACAACUACUGUGAGAAGCUGCUUCCCUGGCUGGACAAGUCCAUUGAAUUCAUUGACAAAGCUAAGGUGUCCAGCUGCCAGGUGAUUGUGCACUGCUUGGCUGGGAUCUCCCGGUCAGCCACCAUUGCCAUCGCCUACAUCAUGAAGACCAUGGGUAUGUCAUCAGAUGAUGCUUACAGGUUUGUUAAGGACCGUCGCCCAUCCAUCUCGCCAAACUUCAACUUCCUGGGCCAGCUCCUGGAGUACGAGAGGAGCCUGAAGCUCCUCAAGGCCCUGAAGUCCAAGGGCGACUGGAGCGAGGGGGACGCGCAGCAGGACCCGGCAGAGGUGGCUGAGAGCAGCCGGCAUCCCCCAACACCUACCUCAGAGAAGGCCGAGGAUGUGCCGAGGAGCACCGGCUCGGCGUCCCCCACCAGUGACCCCGAGCGGCAGGGCGGGACCCCAAAGGUCCUGUCACCCACCAGCUUGCAGCAGGGGCUCAAUGGCCUGCACCUCUCCUCCGAGCGCAUCCAGGACACCAACCGCCUGAAGCGCUCCUUCUCCCUGGACAUCAAGUCCGCCUACUCCCCCGGCCUGCGGCAGGACCCCCCUGGCCCCCCUGGACCUGGGGAAGCCCCCAAACUCUGCAAGCUGGACAGCCCUUCGGGCUCGGGCAGCCUGAGCCCCUUCUCCCCAGGGGCGGACAGCCCUGACCGGCCCACGGGGCCCGAGCUGCUGCUGGAGGCCAAGGUGAGGCAGCGGCGGAAGCACCGGCACGCAGCGGGCUCGCCGGCCCACGGGCUCAGCCUCAACGUCGGCGGGACCUGCGCCACGCGCAAGAGCCCCGGCGCCGAGGACGGGCUGCCCCCGCGGCUCGGCCAGCCGCCCGCCGCGCCCGGCGCCGCCACCAAUGCCUGGAGCGGGGCGCACCUGGAGUCCCCCAGCGCUGCCUCGGGCGAGGCUGGCUGGUACUUCGGCAAGGACUCCGGCAGCGCUGGCGGCAGCACGGGCGGGGGCCUGUUUGCCAGCGCCGGCCCGUACCCGCCGCCGUUCGGCUGCGGCGCAGCGGCGGCCGGCUGCGAGAUCAGACUGAGGGACAAGGCGCGGGCCGAGCCGCGGGACGGGCGGCACAGCUGGCAUGAGGAGGCCGGCGCCGAGAAGCAAUUCAAGCGAAGGAGCUGCCAGAUGGAAUUCGAGGAGACCAUGUCGGAGGGCAGGGCUCGGGAAGAGCUGGGCAAAAUCAGCAAACAGUCCAGCUUUUCGGGCAGCAUGGAGAUCAUCGAGGUGUCCUGACACUCAUCCGGGGUGCCUGGAGACCUGGGACGGG